AUGAAUGUGAAGUACAAUGCUGGGGAGAUCAGCAAUUUCUUGCUUGAGACUAAAGGUUUACCAGGUGUAGAGGUGGAGGAUUAUUUCUCUGAUGGCUUUGCACCAGGAGGAGGCUCAGGAGUGAAGUGUCUCUCUGCUGUACUGGAGAAUCCUCACUGUAAACUGGAGAUACUGAGGUUGUAUGAUUGUGGAGUAUCAGAUGAAGGCUGUGCUGCUCUCGCUUCAGCUCUGAGAUCAAACCCCUCACAACUGAGACAACUGGAUCUGACUGGGAAUAAAGUAGGAGACUCAGGAGUGAAGUUUCUCUCUGCUGUACUGGAGAAUCCUCACUGUAAACUGGAGUCUCUGACGUUGUGUGAUUGUGGAGUAUCAGAUGAAGGCUGUGCUGCUCUCGCUUCAGCUCUGAGAUCAAACCCCUCACACCUCAAAGAACUGUAUCUGACUGAGAAUAAAGUAGGAGACUCAGGAGUGAAGUGUCUCUCUGCUCUACUGGAGAAUCCUCACUGUAAACUGAAGAUACUGGGGUAAGAUCAUCUCUCUGAGAGUCACAUGACCUGCUCCUCAGUAACA